AUGUUUCAAUCGUCGCAGCAGCCCUCCGCCCGAUCCGCGCCGAGGCGGGCCAUCGGCGGGCCCCUCCCCGGCACCGCCUCCAAAGCGAAAGUGCCAUCGUAUCGCACUAAAAGUCCCCGCGACCUUCGGCUAACACCCCCCCCCCCCCUCCCCUCCCCCCUCACUCACUCCUUCUCACUCUCUCAUCCCCACCCCUUCGGUCCUGUGGAGAAUUCCCUCCCAAUUAGAAGUACAGUGCACAGUGUGGUGUCCCCAUUGAGGGCUUACGCUUUAUCGAGAAACGGGAAUGAAGUACAAAUUGAAACAGAUAAUAAGCAGGCGGUU